AUGUCUUCCAGCUGCUCCGACUCGAUCGACAAGAAACUCGAAGAAGGCGGUCCGCCGCUCGCGACCCUCCAGCCCGUCAACUCUGUCCUCCCGACCCUCGACGAGAAGGACGAAGACGAGGCGGCGAAAGUCGUCGGCUUUGAGCGCAACGAGUACACCGAGGAAGAGGCCCGCGCUGUCAGGCGCAAGGUCGACCGCAGGGUCAUUCCUAUCCUCGCUGCUGUCUACUUCUCCCAAUUCUUCGACAAGAACUCCCUCACCUACUCCUCGGUCCUCCAACUGCCCAUCAAGGGCGAGCACUACAACCUCGUCUCGAUGGCCUUCUAUCUCGGAUUCAUGAUCUUCGAGAUUCCAACCUCCGCCAUCGCGCAACGCUUCCCUCUCGCCAAGUAUUUGGGCGUGAACAUGGCUCUUUGGGCGACUUUCCUGAUUCUCCACGCCGCCUCCGCCAACUUCGGCUUCUUCUUCGCCAUGCGUUUCCUCCUCGGAAUGGCCGAAUGCUGCGUCUCGCCUAUCUUGAUUGCCAUGAUUAGUGCCUGGUACCCUAAGCACGAACAGGCGCGCCGAAUCUCGGUCUUCUACUGCAUGAACGGCUUCGCUGGGAUGCUCGGCGGUCUGCUCGCUUGGUCGACUACUUUCUACACCGGCAAGGCGGUCGCACACUGGAGGAUUUUCUAUUUCCUUAUGGCCGGACUGGCUUUUAUUGUUGCGGCCUGCGUCCUCCUCUUCCUCCCCGACUCGCCCGCAACCGCCCACUUCCUCACCGAGCGCGAGAAAGUCGUCGUCCUCGAACGCGUGAGGGACAACCAGACUGGUACGAGGAACAAGAAGUGGAAGGCUUACCAGGCGAAGGAGGCCGUCCUCGACCCGAAGACUUGGUUGCUCCUUCUUCUUACUAGUCUGUCGAGUGUCCCGAACGGCGGUCUUGCGACGUUCUCGUCGAUCCUGAUCAAGGGCUUCGGCUUCAACACCCGCCAGACGCUCCUCCUCCAGAUCCCGAACGGCGCGAUCGCCGUCGUCACGACCAUCGGCGUCUGCUACCUCGCCGACCGUUACGCCAUGCGCAUGCUCCCCAUCCUCAUCGCCGUCAUCCCGACCAUCGUCGGCGCCGCUCUCAUGGUCGCGCUGCCGCACAACAAGGCGGCCUCGAUGGUUGGCAUUCUCCUCGCGCAAACCUACGGAUCGAGUCUCGCCCUCCUCUACGCCUGGACGACCACCAACACCGGCUCGUCAACCAAGAAGUCCACCGUCAACGCCAUGUUCAUGGUGACCUUCGGACUCGCCAACAUCCUCGGGACGCAGAUCUUCCAAGCCCGCGACGCGCCCGGCUACACCCCCGGCAAGAUUGUCGUCCUCGCCCUCUUUUCCUUCAUGCUCCCGACGGUCUUUGCGAUGCGCUGGUACACGACGUACCUCAACAAGCAGAAGGCGAGGAAACUUGCGGCGCUCGUCGAGGAGAAGGGGUGGACGGAGGAGGACGUCAGGCGCGAGGCGGCGAAGGCGGCGGUCCUCGACUUGACCGACCGCGAGAACCCCUUCCACUCGUACAUCUCCUAG